UUACACAAUUAAACCACCCUUUCACGUACAAUUUUUUCCUUAACUAAUCCCAUUAUUUGUUGCACAAACCACGCAUCUUACAUGGUGGUGCAAUAAAUCUAACGCGCUCUUCCUCCCCGUCGUCCUUUUUGUUUUCUGUUGAUCGCUCGUCGUCCGUCCUUCGUAAAUAAAAAAAUGGCGGCGGCGGCGGCAGCGUCGGCGAGCUUCUUGGAAGAGAUCCGCAAUGAGAGCGUGGACCUCGAGCGGAUUCCGAUCGAGGAGGUGUUCGAGCAGCUGAAAUGCUCGCGGGAGGGGCUCAGCUCGGCCGAGGGCGAGCAGCGGCUCCAGCUGUUCGGGCCCAACAAGCUCGAGGAGAAGAAGGAGAACAAGUUCCUCAAGUUCCUGGGCUUCAUGUGGAAUCCGCUGUCGUGGGUCAUGGAGAUCGCCGCGAUCAUGGCCAUCGCCCUCGCCAACGGCGGAGGAAGACCUCCGGAUUGGCAAGACUUUGUCGGCAUCGUCGUCCUCCUCGUCAUCAACUCCACCAUCUCCUUCAUCGAGGAGAACAACGCGGGCAAUGCUGCCGCCGCUCUCAUGGCCGGGCUCGCGCCUAAAACUAAAGUGUUGAGGGACGGGAGGUGGUCGGAGCAGGAGGCGGCGAUCCUCGUCCCCGGCGACAUCAUCAGCAUCAAGCUCGGCGACAUCAUCCCGGCCGAUGCCAGGUUGCUCGAGGGCGACCCCCUCAAGAUUGACCAAUCGGCCCUCACCGGCGAGUCGCUCCCCGUGACGAAGAGCCCCGGGGACGAGAUCUUCUCCGGGUCGACGUGCAAGCAGGGCGAGAUCGAGGCCGUCGUCAUCGCCACCGGCGUCCACACCUUCUUCGGCAAGGCCGCCCACCUCGUCGACAGCACCAACAAUGUUGGCCACUUUCAGAAGGUGUUGACGGCCAUAGGGAACUUCUGCAUAUGCUCUAUCGCGGUGGGUAUGCUGAUCGAGAUCGUGGUAAUGUACCCGAUCCAGCACCGGCGGUACAGGGAGGGGAUCGACAACCUGCUGGUGCUGCUGAUCGGCGGGAUCCCGAUCGCGAUGCCGACGGUGCUGUCGGUGACGAUGGCGAUCGGGUCGCACCGGCUCUCGGAGCAAGGGGCGAUCACGAAGCGGAUGACCGCCAUCGAGGAGAUGGCCGGGAUGGACGUGCUCUGCAGCGACAAGACCGGAACGCUCACCCUCAACAAGCUCACCGUCGACAAGACCAUGAUCGAGGCGUUCGUGAAGGACGUUGACAGAGAUACGGUGGUGCUCUACGCGGCGAGAGCUUCAAGAGUGGAGAAUCAGGACGCUAUCGAUGCUUCCAUUGUCAGCAUGCUCGCAGAUCCCAAGGAGGCGCGCGCCGGGAUUCAGGAGGUCCACUUCCUGCCCUUCAACCCGGUCGAGAAGCGCACCGCCAUCACCUACAUCGACUCCGCCGGCAAGUGGCACCGCAUCAGCAAAGGCGCCCCCGAACAGAUCAUUGACCUCUGCAACUUGAGAGAAGAUGCGCGGAAGCGGGUCCACGGGAUCAUCGACAAGUUCGCCGACCGCGGCCUCCGCGCGCUGGCCGUGGCGCGGCAGGAGGUCCCCGAGGCCGCCAAGGAGAGCGCGGGUGGGCCGUGGCAGUUCGUCGCGGUGCUGCCGCUCUUCGACCCGCCGCGCCACGACAGCGCGGAGACCAUCCGCCGCGCGCUCAACCUCGGCGUCAACGUCAAGAUGAUCACCGGCGACCAGCUCGCCAUCGCCAAGGAGACCGGGCGGCGCCUCGGCAUGGGGACCAACAUGUACCCGUCGUCGACCCUCCUCGCCGACAAGAAGGACGACCUCGCCGGCGGGCUGCCGGUCGACGAGCUAAUCGAGAAGGCCGACGGCUUCGCCGGAGUCUUCCCGGAGCACAAGUACGAGAUCGUGAGGCGGCUGCAGGAGCGGCGGCACAUCUGCGGGAUGACGGGGGACGGGGUGAACGACGCGCCGGCGCUGAAGAAGGCGGACAUCGGGAUCGCCGUGGCGGACGCGACGGACGCGGCGCGGGGGGCGUCGGACAUCGUGCUGACGGAGCCCGGGCUGAGCGUGAUCGUGAGCGCGGUGCUGACGAGCCGCGCCAUCUUCCAGCGCAUGAAGAACUACACCAUCUACGCCGUAUCGAUCACGAUCCGCAUCGUGCUCGGCUUCCUCCUCCUCGCCCUCAUCUGGCGCUUCGACUUCUCGCCCUUCAUGGUGCUCAUCAUCGCCAUACUCAACGACGGCACCAUCAUGACCAUCUCCAAGGACCGCGUCAAGCCCUCGCCGGUCCCCGACUCAUGGAAGCUGCAGGAGAUCUUCGCCACCGGGGUCAUGCUCGGCACCUACCUCGCGCUCGUGACCGUCCUCUUCUUCUGGGUCACCUUCCGAACCGACUUCUUCUCAGACGCAUUCAAGGUGAGACCGAUCAGGGACAGCGCGGACGAGCUGAUGGCGGCCGUGUACCUGCAGGUGAGCAUCGUCAGCCAGGCGCUGAUCUUCGUCACCCGGUCGCGGAGUUGGUGCUUCGUCGAGCGCCCCGGCCUCCUCCUCGUCGCCGCCUUCAUCGCGGCACAGCUGGUGGCUACCAUCAUCGCGGUGUACGCGAACUGGGGCUUCGCGAGGAUCCGCGGCAUCGGAUGGGGAUGGGCAGGAGUCAUAUGGCUCUUCAGCAUCAUAACCUUCUUCCCUCUCGACAUCCUCAAGUUUAUUAUUCGCUACGCCCUCAGUGGCAAGGCCUGGGACAACGUUUUCCAGAACAAGACGGCAUUUGCCAAUACGUUGGACUACGGGAAGGGCGAGAGGGAGGCCCAGUGGGCUAUAGCCCAGCGGACAAUCCACGGCCUGCACCCACCGGAGUCUUCCGGCCUCUUCAACGACAAGACCAACUACAGAGAGUUGUCUGAGAUCGCGGAGCAGGCGAAAAGGCGCGCGGAGGUCGCAAGGCUUAGGGAGCUGCACACACUGAAGGGGCAUGUGGAGUCAGUGGUGAAGCUCAAGGGGCUCGACAUCGAGACAAUCCAACAACACUACACAGUUUAGAGAACUUUCGGAUCGACGCCGAAGACAAAAAAAAGUUUUGGAAAGGAAAUAUUGGUUUUUGAUUAGUUUUUCUUUCAAUGUUAGGGAGGAAUUUUGUGCAGGUUCUGGAAGAAGAAUAAUGGAAGGAACGGAAUUUUGUCGCGCAGUAUCAUCUGUAAUCAGAGUUGGUUAGAUGAUAUGCAUCAAUAAUUUGUCUCUUUUUCAAUUUUUUUUUUUUAUUCUUUUGUAUGUUUCUUCCUCCUUUUCAGCAUCUGUUUACAAGUUGCAAUGUAAAGGCUGUUUUUGGCAACUAUUUUUUUGUUCAUUAAUGGUGAAUAACCAGGGGGUUUAUUA